ACAAGCUCAAUAAAAAUGGCACCCACUCAAGACAAGCACAGCUCUCAGGAAUUGCUCCAGGCUCAAGUUGAUCUUUGGCACCACGCAUUGGGAUUUGUCAAGUCCAUGGCACUAAAAUGUGCAAUGGAAUUGCAAAUCCCUAACACCAUCCAGAACCAUGGUGGGUCUAUGAGCCCUUCAGAGUUGGCCACAAAGAUUGGGCUCCAUCCAUCUAAGCUUCCUCGCUUACGGCGACUCAUGCGUGUGCUCACUAUGUCAGGCAUCUUUGUUGUUCAUGAGGUAGCCUUGCCAAACAAGGAGGUUGCUUAUGGGCUUACCCCAACCACACGCCUACUUGCUAUCGAUGAAGUUAGAUCAAGCUUAUCUCCCUUUCUAUCUUUGUUACUUGAUUCAACUGUCACUGCCCCCUUUUUCGCCAUGCACUCAUGGUUUCUAGAUGAGCAUUCCACUUCCCUGUUCGAGAAAGCUCACGGCCUUAACGUUUGGGAGAUGGCUGGCCAGAACAGUACUUACAACCAGCUAAUCAAUGACGCGAUGGUUUCUGAUAGUAACUUUCUCAUGGAUAUCAUCUUGAGGGAGUGUGGUGGUGUAUUUCUUGGCAUAAAGUCGCUUAUUGAUGUCGCCGGAGGACAUGGUGGAUCUGCCAGGGCAAUUGCUAAGGCGUUCCCACAAAUGAAAUGCACUGUGUUGGAUCUCCCUCAUGUGGUUGAAGAAGCUCCUACUGACGACCAUGUGUCGUUUAUUUCUGGCAAUAUGUUUAAGCACAUUCCGCCAGCGGAUGCUCUUUUCCUGAAGUGGGUUUUCCAUGACUGGGGCGAUGAAGACUGUGUCAAGAUACUGAAAAAAUGCAAGGAAGCUAUACCUCCCAGAGAAGUUGGUGGAAAGGUGAUAAUCGUAGAUAUGGUGGUUGGAUCUGGGCCAGAUGAGAUUGUAACAAGAGAGACACAAGCUUUGUUUGAUCUCCUUAUCAUGUCUUUUGAGGGGAUUGAGCGAGAGGAACAUGAGUGGAAAAAGAUAUUCAUGGAAGCUGGGUUCAGCGACUACAAAAUUAUAUCAGUGCUGGGAGUUAGAUCUGUUAUUGAACUCUACCCUUGAACACUCCAUGAAAAAUUACGUGCUAAUCGGUGUUGUGUGUAAAUAAAGGGGGCAUGAACAGAAUGUGUGCUUUCUGGUUGCAUGCCUUUGGUCCAGUGUAAGAAUCUCUUUGCAAGGUGUGAAGUGCUGUGGUCAAUGAAUUACCUCUCUUACCACAACCCAAGUAUAUAUGUGUAGCAGCCUACUAGAAUUUGUUCCAGUACUGUUCAUGUAUAGACUACCAUCUGCA